AUGUCUAAACAUCAUAGUGCAGGCAGUGAUGGCGCUCCUUUGGCCGAGAACGAUGGCCCUGUUGUGGCGUAUGAUGUUGUGGAUUUUGAUGUUGAUGAAGAUGUGGAAGGAGGCACGAAGGAUGGCCCUUCCAAGGGAAUGGAUAAAACUGGAGAGGAGGACCUCGAGAGUGAUAAGGGUGGCGAAGAAUUGGACGAAGGCAGUUAUGAUGAGAGUGAGCAGUCUAUUGACUCUGAUCAAGAACGAGAAGAAGCUGUUCGAGAGGGAUUCUUCUGGUUCUUUGUGGAUAAGCUUGGGUGCGCGGUUUUGGCUCCGCUUUUGGAAGCCCUGGACAGCUUCUUGAAGUCUAUCCAAGACUUUUUCAUGUCGUUUUUUAAUCGAUUGAUGCGUUGCUUCCGGGGUAAUGACGAACCAGCUGACGCACAGGAUUUGGUCACAGAAGUUGCAGAUGCCGUGGACCCUUCUUCCGCACUGGACUCUUCCAAGCUUCUGAGUCACACCAAUAGUGCUUCUGGAUUCGGCGGUGGUCCCACAGGCCUCGAGAACAGUGCUGUUGGAUUCGGUGGAGGUCCUAUUGGCUCUCCUGGUGUGGCCGAAAUGGCAGCUUCGGCUGCCCAAGGUGCUGCAACUUCCUCGGCUUCUGGAGUUGCUGCCAGUGCUGGUGUUGCUGGAGCAUCUGCUGCAGGACUAACUGGGGCCACCACGUUGGUCGGAGCAGUUGCCACUUCAAGUCUAGUCACACAGGCUGGAGUAGCUGUUGGAGGUAAGCUCACAAUGCUUUGA